UUGAGAGAGGGAAGACGUAAUGGUUUGAUUCCCUGUGCACUUGCAAUGGUCGUCGUUCUGACAUUACUCGGCAAAUUCUUUAACCGGGAGGUUAAAUGAAGGCAGGGGCAUCGUCCAUGUGGGCGUCAUGCUGUGGGCUGCUGAACGAGGUGAUGGGCACGGGCACGGUGCGGGCGCAGCAGCCGGGGUUCGGAGCCGGGGCCGGGCCCUUCCGCUUCGCCCCCAGCGCUGGGUACUCCACCUACCCCCCCACCGCCUCAGGGAGCGCCGGACAGCUGUGCAAAGCCUGCGGACUGGCCUUCUCCGUCUUCAGACGCAAGCACAUCUGCUGUGACUGCAAGAAGAGUUUCUGCGCCCUGUGCUCGGUGCUGCAGGAGGAGCUGCGCUGCUGCUCCACCUGCCACCUGCUCCGCAGCACCGCCUUCCAGAGGCCGCGGCUCAUGCAGCUCCGCGUCAAAGACCUACGGCAGUACCUGCUGCUGCGCAACAUCUCCACAGACACCUGCAGGGAGAAAGAGGACCUGGUGGACCUGGUGCUGUGUCAUCAGGGGACGAGAGAAACCUCCACACCGGGGGAGGGGGAGGGAGAGGACGAGGAGGAGGAGGAUGAGGAGGAGGAGGACGAGGAGGACACACAUGAGGAUGACGCAGAGGAGGAUGAGGAGGAAGACGAAGGGGAGGAGGACACAGACAGUCUGCACUCGCUCCCCCACUCGCGGCCCACCUCCCCCCCCUCCGCCACACGCUCCGCCUCCGAACAGUCGGCCCUCUCCGCCUCUCAGGGAGACGUCCUCAGCCCCAGUGACAGCUCAGGGACCAGCCAGGUGAGAGUGGUUGCAUAUCCUCCACCUCUCUGCAACAGUGGAGUUGGAGAUGGUGUCAAAGCUCAGCUGGCGGCUGAUGAUAACUUGUGUCGCAUCUGCAUGGAUGCCAUCAUCGACUGCGUGCUGCUGGAAUGUGGUCACAUGGUAACCUGCACCAAAUGUGGAAAGAGGAUGAGCGAGUGCCCCAUCUGCAGGCAGUAUGUAGUGCGGGCCGUGCACGUCUUCAAGUCUUAAAACUCUGUGUGUGAGCGUCGGAGCAGCCCUCAGGCGUGCACGCGCCAGAACCCUGAAUUUCUCCCUGAGGAUGAACUGCUGUGCAUGACGCCUCGCAGGGCCUAAAGCUGCACGGGCGCCGGCAACUCCCCGGUGUUUGAAACCAGACUGGUGCCUCUGGCCUUCCUCGGUUUGUUUUUCCCCUCCUUACUAACUCAUGUUCCAGACCCACUUCUCCUCCUGGCGGACCGUCAUCAGCUGCACCGGGACACUCACUCUUUCUCUCUUUGGUCUGUUAAACACACAGUGGAAAGCCCUGCCAUCACGUUCUGCUCUCUAUUGGCUGUUGUUAGAUUUUACUCACAGGAGAGGAGAGAAAGGGGAGGAGAGGAGGGGGUCCCACAGAUACUUGAAGCGGAUCGGAUUGUUGUGUGCGGUGAAGAGGAGCAGAAAAA